UUUUUCAACAAUUGAUACAACAAGAAAGAAUAGAGGGUUAAUUUAUUUGUUAAUUCAAUUUUCUUACAGCUAUACAAUUAUCAAUAAACGACAACAGAGCUCAUAUUCAUUAAGGCAAGUUCGGAUGCUAGGCGAAUUCAAUACAGAUGGCCGCAAAAACGAUACAAACGAAUUUAGACAUUCACGAGUGCAACAACGUCAAAAUGAAACUUACUAUUUCACCUAAAAAAAUUAAUAUAUGUGAAUAUGCAUAUUUUGUUAAAAUGACAAAUUCAAGAUGAAUUGACUACGAUGUGAAUUCGUGAAAUAAGAGCUCGUGUUGUUUAGUAAAACAUAGAGUGAAAGUUUCAUUGACGUUCUAGCACUGGCAUGCUGAAUUCGCCUUGUUUACAGAUUUCAUAGUGGGAGGCUAAACGAAACUUCAAUUUACUAUGUCUGACAACCCCUUAAGCACAAUAUGAUGGAACAGUUUGAAAGCCGCUUUGUGCGAUAGUUUUACGCAGUUAACAGUUUGCUAAUUACAACCUUUUGAAAAAUGCGUAUCUUACGUUCGCAAUAUCUUAAAUACAAGGCGCAAGAUGGUCCGCAGGAUUCUUUCUCAAAUAGAACUGCAACAACAGUGUCUUCUUCAUACAAUGGAACGCAAAUUCAACACACAGCUUCUAAGGAAAAACGAGAUGGGAAAUCUAGACAAACUGUCACAAAAACAACUCGAACAACUGUACACAGCAGUUCAUUCAUACCAUUUAAUAACAAUGCAAAUACUAUAAUAUGCCGACGUAACUCAAGUAUUCCAUAUACUAACACUCAAGCAUUAACUGCACAGGCUCUACAAAGCAAUCUGUCAACCUCGAAAGAUAAUGAAAGUAGGUAUUGCGUCGACAAGCCUCCGGAGCCGUUAGCUAUACAAAAGCGUCGGCAGACAGUUGCUAGCGUUGGCGAUGAUCUUAUAAAAGAACAAAUUGUAAACGCAUUGAAAAUAAAAUUACUUAAUACUCCCAUAGAGCGGUAUACUCGAAUCAAUGUUGUUGUAAGAUUCUAUGAUGAGGGCACAAUGUGGUAUACGCGAUUCUAUCGUAGCUAUCAAGAUGUUUUGUGGUUAAAAAUACCCCGUGGUGGUGAUACACGGAAAACAAAGUGGUAUUUCAAGUGCGUAGUCUGCCAAAAAAAAUUAUGCUCUUUCGCUACAUUGAAAUCGCAUCUUAAUAUACAUAUGGGUUUCUUUCCUUUUCGUUGCGAAAUUUGCCCAAAACAAUAUCCAGCAAAAUAUGCCUAUACACGCCAUAUGAAAACGAAGCACCCAGUCGAGUUAUGAAGAGAUAUAUAAAUUCUGACGACCUGAACGUAACGAAGAGUGUGAUUGUUAUUAAUUGAAAGACGAAUAUUAAUGUGUAUAUAUUUUUAUAUAUUUUUUUUCAUGCAACUAAAACCUGCACCAGUGAAUAUUAGUUUUUUACCACAAAUCAUUAUUGACUAAAAAAUUUGUGAAAAUUUAAAAAUCUGGUGAACUGUAAACUUUUCUUCCUUAUUAUAAUUAUAAAAUUGAAUUUUCU